AUGCCGAUUUUAAAUCGUGACAAUGUUGUUAUUGGUGUUGCACAAUUAAUUAAUAAAAAAACUGGUACACAUGAAUUCACAUCUAAAGAUAUUAAUGUCUUCCGUAAUUACUUGACAUUUUGUGGUCUCGGUCUAUCAAAUGCUCAACUAUUUGAAUUAUCUAUACAAGAAUAUAAAAAAAAUCAACGAACAAACGCUCAAUCUUCUCCUUCUCCUUCUACAUAUUUGUCUUCGAAUGACAAUAAAACUUGUGAUAAUGGACAUUUACAAUCAACAAAUAUGUCAUCGAAUGAUGAGUUACAAAAUACUAAAGAGAAUCUCUCACUUGUAAAUAGACUUAAGCUUCUUCUCAAUUUAGCACGAAAUUUAUUUCGUGAACAAAAUGAUCUUGAACGUUUAGUUCAUAAAAUAACAACUGAAUCUCAAGGUCUUAUGCAAUGUGCUCGUUGUUGUGUUUAUAUAUUAGAUCGAUCUACUACAUCAAAGAAAACCGAGGAUAUUCAUUUUUCUAAAGGAUUUGAUAUGGUUUAUGGUGAAGAAUUUAAAGUUACAACAAAUGAUUUUCUUGAAAAUUCUCGUUAUGCAAAAAUUGCUUUUCAUGUUGCAACAACAAUGGAAACAGUUAAUCUCAAUGAUAUAACAAAUGAUCAAGCACUUGCACAUCUUUUAAUCUCAAAUGGUGAUGAUACAUUUCAGUUACGAAAUAUUCUAUGUGUACCAAUUAUGGAUAGUGAUGGUCAUGUUAUUGGUGUUUGUCAAGUUAUGAAUAAAUUAAAUGGACGAAUUUUUACUGAAGAUGAUGUAGCAAUUAUUGAAGCAUUUUCAGUUUUUUGUGGUUUAGGUAUUCAUAAUACUCGUCAAUAUGAGAAUGUCUUACGUUUAACAGCUAAACAAAAUGUUGCAUUUGAAGUUUUAUCUUAUCAUGUAAUUGCAUCUGAAGAAGAUGUUCAACGUGUUACAUCAGUUUCUGUACCUGAAGCAAAUCAAUUAAGAUUAUAUGCAUGGGAAUUUAAUGAUAUGGUUUUAACGGAUGAUGAAACAGUUUUAUCUAGCGUUCGAAUGUUUAUUGAAUUAGAUUUACCGAAAAAAUUACAUAUACCACAUGAUGUUAUCUGUCGAUGGGUAUUAAGUGUAAAGAAAAAUUAUCGUCCAGUGAUUUAUCAUAAUUGGAGACAUGCAUUCAAUGUUGCUCAAACAAUGUUUUCUAUGCUUACAACCGGUGGUAUGAAUGUUUGUAUGAGUGAUUUUGAACGAAUUGGUUUAUUAAUUGCAUGUCUAAGUCAUGAUCUUGAUCAUCGUGGAACAAAUAAUGCUUUUCAAGCUAAAGUUGAUGCACCACUUGCUAAAUUAUAUACAACAUCAACACUUGAACAUCAUCAUUUUGAUCAAUGUAUUAUGAUUUUACAAACUGAAGGAAAUAAUAUAUUACAAGCAUUAUCACCCGAUGAUUAUAAAUUAGUUGUUCGUUAUAUAGAAGUUGCUAUUUUAUCAACUGAUUUAGCACUUUAUUUUCGAAAACGAGGUGAAUUUCAAAAAUUAGUCGAAACAAAUGAAGAACAUUGGUCUGAUCCAACUAAAAAAGAAUUACUUCGAGGAAUGAUGAUGACAGCAUGUGAUGUCGCAGCUAUUUGUAAACCAUGGGAAAUUCAACAAGUUGUUGCAAAAUUAGUUGCAAGUGAAUUUUUUCAACAAGGAGAUAUUGAACGAAAUCAAUUACAUGUUGAACCCAUUCCAAUGAUGGAUCGAGCUAAAAAAGAUGAAUUACCAAAAAUGCAAGUUGGUUUUAUUGAUUCAAUCUGCCUUCCACUUUAUAAAAUGCUUUCCGAUGUUGAUCCUGGUUUAACUCCACUUUAUGAAGGUUGCAAACAAAAUCGUGAUAAUUGGGAAAAAUUACAAGAAGAACAUGACAAAUUAAAAUCGUUAUGGUCAGAAAGUGCCUCUCAGGAAACAUUACGAAAAAUAAUUGAAUCAACUAAGCCAGAAUUACCAGCAAAUAAUUUAGUUUCAGCACAAACUGAUUCAGCAACGUCACUUAAAGUGACAAAAACUAAUAAUAAUAAUAACGAAAAUUCUUCUUCUCCUUCUUCUUUACCUUUAAAAGAACCUAAGACAGUUAAUCGUGAACAACAAACAGCAACUACUCCAACUCCAAAAAGUCCAACAAUAGAUCCAGUACUUAUAGCAACAAUCCAUGCAAAUAAAGGUGCAAUUGAUACAAUACGUGGGCAAAUAACAGAACUUCGACAUGAUGUUGAUCAAUUACGACUUCAAAUUAAUACUCGAAAACGAUCAACAAUUAGUACACAUCCACCAAUUAUUAUUCCAAAUCCAUCACAACCACCACCUUCAAAUCUUCCACCAAUACCUUCUCCACCUUCAGACGCUAAUAAUACCCGUCGUGUAUCAAAAUCUAAUGCUAAUAAUACAAAUUCAGCAGCAUUCUCUCAUCAUCACCAUCAUCAUCAUCAUGUUGGACAACCGGAUGCAACUGGUCGUUCAUCAAUUUGUAAUAUUAUUUAA